AUGACUGCCGUAGUCGCGAUCAAUCCGAAUCAAAUCUUUGAAGAUUUCACCAACGGAACUAAAACAUUCAUCAGAGAGGCCCCUGUCGCCUUUAAGGCCACUACUGAACAGAAGCCUGCCCCGGCUUUCGUCCUCAAUGAUGUGAUGUUUGUAGGGCUUCAGUCCUAUGUCAAGUCUGCUUUAAAGAUACCCAAGACAGACGAACUAUUCAAGGCGACCUAUCCGUUCAAAGGCCUCGACCUUUGGAUCCAAACUCAGUCGGAAUAUGAUCAACUAUACAAGAGCCUUAUCCCCAUCCAUGAGCACUGUGAGACCUUCCUCAAAGAUGGAAUCAAUCCUAUGAUCGGUCUUGCUCAUGCCGUUGCUGACUAUGCUGGGAACGCAACCGUAUUUCUCGAGGAGCUGAAAAAGCAGAUGGAUAUAAUUUGUGAUAGGAAGAUACCUACUCGAAGCGAUGAAGCAAUGGAAGCAAAGAUGAACGCGAAAGAGAUUCUCACAGCUUUGCAAGAAGAAGCUAAAGAAACUAAUCAGAAACUAAUCAGGAUUACCGAGGCGAUAAGCUUGUUCAAAUCACAGACGGAAAGCGACGCAGCAGCGCUGAAAAUCCUGAAACCUAUACUUGAUGAGAAAUUUAGUGAAAAACACCUUGACAGCCCUAUGACAAAGCAUAUGGAGGAGACGCGCACAUGUAUCCGGAAAUUGAUCAAGAACCAACAAAAGACAGUAAUGAGCCAGGAGUAUCUGAACAGCUACAAGUGGCUAUGGGAUUUCCCUGGCGUGGGAGGCCUUCUUCUUCCCUGGGCUUCUGAAGAUAUGAAGGAAGCUCUGCGAAACUACGCAGCCAAAAAUGACAAGUAUAAGAUAAUGGUAGCCCAGGGCGAUCAAGAGAGAGCUCAUCUUCUGAAGUCAAUUGAUACCGCCAGAGGACUGAUCGAGAAUAUCGAUGGUGUCAUGAAACACCUUGACGAGGCAAAAAAGUCCUUAGACAAUAUCUUCGAUGGCAUGACAAUGAUGAAUAUGUCAUGUUCCACCCUCCGAAAAAAGCUCGAGAGUAUUGACGGGAAUGUAAAGACCGAAGCGCACGGUUCUUCCAUGAGCAAGCUUUACAUCAACAUGGCUGUGACAUCGUGGAACAACGUGCUUGAAGUGGCACGCUCGUUCGCGAAGCACGGCAUCAUUGAGGAAGCCACCAACACCAACACCGACACCCCUAAGCGCAGAGGUCAAGCAGUCAUCCUCGCCGCUUCUUACGGCGGACAAACUGUCACGGAUCUGGCCAAGAUGCAGCUCAACUACGGCUCCAAAAUCGUCAUCUCCACAAAUGACCUCAUCUUCCCUGACAAUAUGCCCGGAAUGCCAAAGUCUCUUAGCAUUCUGUAUCGAUUCGACGACGACGCGAACUCCUCGCGUAUCUUUACCUGUGACACAGGAACUGGGCAAGUCCACAUCCUCACUGCACAGAGUAGCUCCGGGUCUGAGGCAGCUCUUGGCUUCAACAAGGGUCCGACAAGUCGAUAUAAGUUCCAUUCGGCGGUUUUUGGUCUGCGACAAAUCACCGACAAGAAAACCUUGGAAUAUAUAAUGAAUUCAGCUGAAACAAUGAACGCUAUGCCAGUUAGCACUCUGGCCGCUUUGGCAAACUCAAGUAAUGAUUCUUGGCCUGGAAAAGUCAAGAGCGUGGCAAUCUUCUACACUGUAGAUGGGGUUCUUGCUUGCGGAUCUGCGGUCCAGGAUGGAGCUAUUUUCUUCUAA